AUGAGGAGUCUCUGGGGUAUUGUGGUUGAGCUUGAGUUAGACUUAAACCAAAGUAAAGACGAGACUCUGAACGUUUCGUUUGCUAUGCAAUCAAUUCGUGUUUUCUAUUUUCUACCAUACAAAGUAUUGUGUAGGCUCCGUAUAAUGAAGUAUAAGAACCAAGUGUGGCGAAAGGCAAAGUUGUAUGAAAAGGGAAAAGACAUGGCGAGAAAGAACCAAGAGACAGCACCAAAGGAACAGCUUAGCCCGGUUUCACAGCUGUUCGCUUCACCGAGUCUCUACUGCGUCAUUGUUUUAACUUUAGGGCUUCAAACUAGAUGCAACCCAACCACCAUUGUAGAAGGUAUCAAGAACACUUGGAUCAACCUCCCUCGCUUCUCUAGCAAAGUGGAGAUGAGGAAAAAUGGAAAAGCGUUUUGGAUCCCUGUUAGUGUUCGAGUAGAAGAUCAUGUUAUUAUUCCAGAAUUUGAUAGUUCCAGUUACAUUGACAAUCCUGAUCAAUUUAUUGAAGACUACACGUCGAACCUAGCAAAUACUCCAAUGGACAUGUCCAAACCUUUAUGGGAACUUCAUUUACUUAAUAUAAAGACGUCAAAUGCAGAAUCAUUACUUAUAGGAAAGCUUCAUCAUUCACUUGGGGAUGGGAUGUCUCUUAUGUCUCUUCUACUCGCUAGUUCGCGAAAAACAUCAGACCCUGAGGCUCUUCCUACUACUGCGGCUACAACACAACAUGUUGAUUCCAACCAUAGGGGCUGGUUGUUGGUUGAGAGAUUUUGGUUAAUGAUAAGAAUCAUUUUCACAACUCUUAUUGAAGUGUUCAAGUGUUUGCUUACACUAUGUUUUUUGCGGGAUACUAAAACUCCUCUCACUGGUAAACCGGGAGACAGAACUCAAUCUACAAAGAUUAUACAUCGGAUGAUAAGCCUUGAUGAUGUCAAGUUGGUGAAGAAUACAAUGAAGAUGAAAGUAAAUGAUGUACUUCUUGGAAUGACACAAGCAGGCCUCUCAAGAUAUUUGAGCAAAAAAUUUGAUGAAGAUAUGGUGGUCGAGAAGAAAAUGUCCUUAGACAAAAUUCGUCUACGUGGUACAGUAGCUGUAAAUUUAAGACCAGAUACAAAGAUCGAGGAUCUUGCUAAUAUGAUGGCAAAGGGUUCAAAGUGUAGAUGGGGAAACUUCGUAGGUAUUGUUAUACUUCCUUUAUGGAUACGAUCUGAGGAUGAUCCGUUGGAAUACAUCCGGCGAGCCAAAGCUACUAUGGAUAUGAAAAAAAUCUCCGUGGAAGCACUUUUUUACUAUGGACUCGUCAAAUUCGCCAUGAAAAUAUUAGGAGAAAAGGUAAUAGAAUCUAUUGUGAAGAGAUUAUGUGAUCACACAACAUUGACAUUUUCAAAUGUGAUCGGUCCAGACGAAGAAAUAAGUUUUUUUGGCCAUCCGAUGUCUUAUGUCACAGCAAGCGCUUUGGGUGGACCACAAGCUCUUAUUAUCCAUUACGUGAGCUACGUAAACAAGAUUAUCAUUAAUCUAGCCGUCGAUACAACGGUGAUUCCAGACCCUCAUCUACUAUGUGAUGACUUGGUAGAAUCGCUCGAUAUCAUCAAACUCGCUGUCUUGGAGAAAGGAGAUCAUAAAAUAGAGGUUUGAUCACCAUAUAUAUAAUUGUAAGGCUUCGAAAGGUAAAAUGUGGUGAAGUGUAGAAAUGCAACU